AAUACCUAUCAAGCAAAAUUGUUACAUCUAAAAACGCAGUAUCCUCCAAGUAACUAGUCGCUGUAUAAUUACGCGACUGUUAAUGGCGACCUCGUGGAAUAUAACCCUGAAUGAUACGAGCCCAGUAUUCACGUAUUAUCCUUACUUACGAUGGUUUCGGAACGGGAAAUGGCUGGCAAGUCUGGUACUCGGAGACUGGAUACAAUACAGUCCCUGCGAAUCCAGGAGUUGGCAUAUCAGCACAUAUCACCUCGCUGCAAGGUGCUAAUGUUACCCUUUCAUUUUAUGGCACAGGGAUAGAACUCCAUGGAACGGCAAAUUGCACGUUCGAUAUCACGGUGGACGGGAUAUUCUCCUCAUCCCUCAACUCUCCCAGUGAUGUCCUGUACUCUAACCAAGCACUAUCGGAAGGAACCCACUCGCUCACCCUAACUGCCCACCCAACUUCAGGGCAGCAACUUGCAUUUGAGAAUGCUGUAAUUUAUAUCGAUCAAGCCAUCCCCCAAAUGGCAUCAUAUAGUAACACGAACACCACGUUCCUCAACUAUACCGGGAACUGGUCUGCUGGCACAGAUGCACAUGUCCCUGGAGGCACCUUCCAUUUUACGGAAACCAUGGGUUCAAGUGUGUCUACUACAUUCGGAGGGUCAUCGGCGGUGGUCGUACAAGGUAUUGUAAACUGGGGUAAUUGGCAAUACACAGUGUCUUUAAACGGUACUCAGUCCGUGCUCAAUGCAAGCAGCUUCUGGUUCAUUCCGGACACUACCUUGUUCUAUGAAGGGGGCCUAGAUCCAGCAAAAAGUUAUGUUUUGAAUAUUGCCGACACGAGUGAAGACGGCAACAAGGUUGCAAUAAACUCCGUGAAACUCUAUCUGCCUCAGCCGACUACACUGCCAUCGGCAUCGAAGCCCUCAAACACAGGUGAAAUAGCUGGCAUCAUCGUAGGAGUGGUCGUCUUGCUUGCCUUAGUCGUCUGUUUCCUCUUCUGGCGACGCUCACGGCGCCUUAAAACAGCAAUUUCAGGACGAAAUUCUGACUUACUAGCAAACGAAAUCACUCCCGAGGCUCGUGCUACGCACUUCCCCGCACUCGCCGCGCCAUGCACUAUUUCUUACGCCACUGCCAAAAUUCGUCCGCAAAAAUUCCCAUUGAUACCUAUCGGCGGAAGCACUAGUACUGAUGAUUCGCUGCGUGAUGGAGCAAUUCCACGUGGUCCUGUGUCCGCCACAAGCUCUCUAGGUCCAUACAGCGAACCUAGAAAUAAUACGAGUGGUUCUCUAUCUUCUUCUAGUGCACGUGGUCGGUGGCGCCCUUUGCCACCUCCACCUGACAGCGUUUCUUCUUCUGCACUUUCUCUACAGGAGGUGCACCAUUCUCCGAGGCCAUCAAGGCCGGAACUACCUGUACAGAUACCAGACUCAGAAGUGGAUAGAAUACUGGGAAUUAUAGCUUCACGUAUGGACAUGCCCGAAAGAAACCUCUCUUCUCCUCCACCCCAGUACCGAAGCUGACUCGGUUAAUCUUAUUGUUCACAUAUGCAGGGACAUGAAUACGUCCAAGCACGUAUCUCUUUUUCCUUCAGGAUGCUUAGAUUAGAACUGGUCUGUAAUCAUCUACGUCAAAUAUAUCUCGUGUUGUGAUGCCGUGAAGAAAGCGUAGUUAGUGCAAGUAUCGAACGGUAAUGAGGAUGUAGGAAUAAAUAAAUAUCCCAUGAUACAGUAUUCUAAUGUGAUAUGCCCACGCCAGUCCAAACAUGCCAAA